AUGCUGAUAGCAAAAGAAAGCUUACAGGAACCUGUAACAAAUUUGCUUGAGAAGAAUAUUUGGAUUUAUGAGAUGAAAUGGAUGUCCUUAGUAGAAAACCUAGCAGAUUUUUGGACACAAAUCAAAUGA